CAAAAUCGAUAUGAGAAAUUCCGAUUCUGAUUCCUUUCACUUCCAACAACACGAAAAAAGCAGAACAAACUUUUGGUGUGUGUGUUUGGCUACCAAACUAAAUGCUGCUUUAAUGACAGUCUUUUACGAACUCAUCGACUGUUACUUUACGCUGUGUUCCAACACUUUCCAAAUGUAUGAACGUUGAACAUAGUUGCGUUAUUUUCUUUUACUGUCAAGUCGUUCUAGGUUAUUCACAUAGAAAUGAGCUCUAAAAUUCAUCCUAUGCUGGAGACAUUUCUGAAGAUUGGCUGCAGCGAUAUGAAGGCAGCUUCUGCUGCUUUUGCCGUUUACAUGGAUUUGGCAGAAGUGAAGGCAGUGUGGGAUCUUCAAUACGCCCUCUGUCAAGAGCUGGAUUUAAUAUAUCUAACAGCGAAAGACAAUGCGACGGACACUGAACCAAGUAUUUAUUUACCACUUCCUGCAUCCCACAGUAUUUCUGCCGAAUGGCUCUUAAAAGUACAAAAUACUUUGCCUAUAAGAAAUAAAAGUGUGAUUAUGGCCUUAAAAGAUACAGACUCUACCCUAGUAUAUUAUAAUGUAACAGAAGGGUUAUCUUCACCAGAUACACCGGAAGAAGUUCAGAAAAAGAAGGCAACCGAAGAUUCAAGGAAAUUUAUGCAAACUGAGUUAUGGAGGAAACGAAAACAACUGUAUGAGUCAGCUAAGAGCGCUUCUCAACACAAUGAUGACAAAACCUAGCAUCAAUCCAUGUGAAAAAAAUGUCUGUCAAUUAUUAAAGCUUCUCUUCAUUUUUCAUUUA